AUGCCUCCUGUGUGGACCCUGCUCCCUUUUUUUUUUCUUCUCUCUCUCUCAACCUGCGCCGAACCUCGCAUUGCCCGACGCCAGAUCUCCAACUGCCCCAGGGUUUGUGAGCUGUCCCGGUGCUCACGUCCCCAGUCACCUUGCCAGGCGGGGGAAGUGAGAGACUCCUGCAGUUGCUGUCCGGUGUGCGGGGCAGGUGAGGGGGAGUCCUGCGGCCACCGUGGUGGAGCUCCAUGUGGAGAGGGCCUGGAGUGUGUCCUGCCUGGGGUCAUAGCAGCAGGCACAGCCAGGAGGAGGGUAGGAGUCUGCGUCUGCAGUACCAGCGAGCCGGUGUGUGGAAGUGACGGGAGGACCUACAGGAACCUGUGUCAUCUGAAAGCGGAGAACAGACUGGCAAGGCUACAGAAUUCCCCUCCUGCCAUCCACAUUCAGAAGGGGCCCUGUGACUCGGGUUCCCACUACCCAGACAGCCUGAGAUACAAGUUUAAUUUCAUAGCCGAUGUGGUGCAGAAGAUCGCGCCGGCUGUCGUACAUCUGGAACUCUUUAGAAGGUCUCCGUUCACUGGUCAGGAGAUGGCUGUGUCCAGUGGCUCAGGAUUUAUUGUAUCUGAAGAUGGACUCAUAGUGACCAACGCUCAUGUCCUCACAAAUAAGCAGCGGAUUAAAGUGGAGGUGAAAGAUGGAGCACAUUAUGAUGCCAAAGUGAAGGAUGUUGACCAGAAGCUGGACAUCGCUCUGAUCAAGAUUGACCCUGAUGCCCCUCUCCCAGUCCUCAUGUUAGGUAGAUCAUCGGACCUGAGACCUGGAGAAUUCGUGGUCGCCCUGGGGAGCCCUUUCUCUCUACAAAACACAGUGACCACUGGGAUUAUCAGCACAACCCAUCGAGGAGGGAAGGAACUGGGCCUGAAAGAUUCUGAUAUGGAAUACAUCCAGACAGAUGCUAUUAUUAAUUAUGGCAAUUCUGGUGGACCCUUGGUGAAUUUGGAUGGGGAAGUCAUAGGAAUAAAUACAUUAAAAGUCACAGCAGGGAUAUCGUUUGCCAUUCCUUCUGAUCGUAUACGGCAGUUUUUGGCUGAAUCACAUGACCGUCAGCUUAAAGGAAAGGCCCUUCCAAAAAAGAAAUACAUGGGGGUGAGGAUGUUACAGCUGUCCACAAGUCUGAUCCAUGAACUUAAAAUGCGAGAUAAAGAUUUCCCUGAUGUCAACGCUGGAGUGUACGUGUUUGAGGUCAUCCCAGGAACUGCGGCUGCCAGUGCGGGUAUGAAAGACCAUGACGUGAUCAUCAGCAUCAACGGCAGAUCAGUGAGCACCACAGAGGAGGUGAGCGAGGCUGUGAAGAUCAGUGAGACUCUGUCUAUCGUGGUGCGGAGGGGAAAUGAAGAUAUCAUCCUCAACGUUGUACCCGAAGAGAUGGGCUAA